AGUUUGCGAGCGGUGAUAUAAAAAGUGCAUUUCCGUACACACGCCUGCGGAUGAAGACAGGAGAUGUUCACCGAGUGCUCAAAUCUACCAAAUUAACACUCAAAAAGAGGUGAAGAUUUCCGGCGAGGACGAGGCGCGUACACAGUCGGAGUUGUUUGAAAAAAAAAAAACACAAUGUGGGAGCAGGAGGAAUUCGCCAAACACUGGAGGAACGAAUUCCCCGACUGUGAAGUCCCUGAAAUGGACCUAAAUUCCGUGGAGGACAUGGAAUCUGAGCUGGAGGCGUCCAAAGCCAACCUGAAGAGGCUCCAGAAGGCUCUGGCGGAGGAGAAAUUCAAGGUGAUUUACCUGCAGACCACCGUGACGCGACAGAGGACGCCCGAGCCGCAAAGUUGUCCCGGCAAAGACGUCAACAUCCACGCGGACACGUUCGCCACCUUCAAGACUCCCACCGCGAGGACACCGCAAGAUGUGUCCGACAUCGGACACUUGACGGCGGCAGGCGCGACCAGUUCGCCCGGCCGCGAGCGGAGCAGGUUCAGCGGCAAGGUGGGUAAGCCCGUGCCCAUCCCGGUACCCCCGCGGAAGCCCAGCGUUCUCACACCGAGAAGUCACGACGAGAACAGCGACCGGGAAUAUGAGGAUUUGGAGAUGAAUGAGAAUUUUGUUCGGAAUAAUUUAUUGGCACCAAAGGCCGCCGGCAAAGACAACCAACGGACGCCCAGCAUCCCUCACCCGGUCAUCCGACGGCCUUUCCGCCAGAGCAGAGACUUUGACUCCGUGGACGACAGUCGGGUGUCCCCGCCUUUGCUGCAGGUUGGACAGGGUUCUGGCUGCAGCACUCCUGACAGGAGAAGUGAUGGCUACCUUAGCUCGGAGCAUGAAGACUCAUCCUCUGCAGAUUUUAACUACAACACAGAUGGCUACGACGGUGACGGGCCGGAGGAUGGAAAGUCUCAAGAUGGCUCUGAGACCCUGCCCUACAUAGAUGAAUCCCCCACCAUGUCACCGCAGCUGUGCACGCCCCAAGGACCACACGGAGAAAUGCUGUCACCCACACCACCAGAAGGCCUUCUGCCUGGGGGAGACAUUGAGAAAGGACUGGAGAUGAAGAAACUUGUGCUUUCUGGUUUUCUGGCCAGUGAGGAGAUUUACAUCAACCAACUGGAGGCUCUGCUACUGCCCAUGCGUCCCCUGAAGGCCACAGCCACCACCUCGCAGCCCGUCUUGACCAUUCAGCAGAUAGAGACCAUCUUCUACAAAAUCCAGGAUAUCUUUGAGAUUCACAAAGAAUUCUAUGAUGCUCUCCUACCCAACAUCAGGCAGUGGGAUGAGAAGAUCACUGUGGGACACCUCUUCCAGAAACUGGCCAGCCAGUUGGGAGUUUACAAGGCCUUUGUUGACAACUACAAGGUGGCACUUGAGACGGCGGAAAAGUGCAACCAGGCCAACAGCCAGUUCCAGAAGAUAUCAGAGAACCUGAAAGUAAAAGGACCUAAAGACUCUAAAGACUCGACCACAACAGUCACAAUGGAGGCUCUUCUUUAUAAACCCAUUGACCGUGUGACAAGAAGCACCCUGGUUCUUCAUGAUUUGCUUAAACACACGCCAAAGGACCAUCCUGACUUCCCUCUCCUGCAGGACGCUCUGCGAAUAUCUCAGAACUUCCUCUCCUCAAUCAACGAGGAGAUUGACCCCCGCAGGACCGCAGUAACCACACCCAAAGGAGAGGCUCGUCAGCUCGUAAAAGAUGGCUUCCUCGUCGAGGUGUCAGAAAGCUCCAGGAAGCUACGACAUGUCUUCCUUUUCACCGACUUGCUGCUCUGUGCCAAAAUGAAGAAGACAUCUGCUGGUCGCCACCAGCAGUACGAGUGCAAGUGGUACAUCCCGCUGGCAGACCUGAUCUUCCAGACGCUGGAAGAGUCGGACUCAUGCCACAGCAUCCAAGUCCUCCCCGAGCAUGAAAUUGAGGAGAUGAAGAUCAAAAUCUCAGUCUUAAAGAACGAUAUACAGAAAGAGAAGAAAGCACCAAGAGGUCAUAGCCGCGUGGAGCGUCUGAGGAAAAAGAUGAACGAGCAAGAGUCUUGGCUGCUGCUUCAUUCCCCUACAAUCCCUUUCCGCAUUCACAACAAACAUGGCAAGAGUUACUUGUUCCUGCUCUCUUCUGAUUAUGAGAGGUCAGAAUGGCGGGAAAGCAUCCAGAAGCUCCAGAAGAGAGACCUGCAGACGUGCAUAUUAAGCUCAGUAGAACUGCAGGUCUUGACUAGCUCCUGUUUCAAACUCCGAACCGUCCACAACAUUCCUGUCACCAGUAAUAAAGAUGAUGAAGAGACCCCAGGCCUGUAUGGUUUUCUCCAUGUGAUCGUCCAUUCCGCCACAGGAUUCAAGGAGUCAGCCAAUCUAUAUUGUACCCUAGAAGUGGAUUCCUACGGAUACUUUGUAAGCAAAGCUAAGACCCGAGUCUUCAGAGACACUGCAGAGCCUCAGUGGAACGAGGAGUUUGAGAUUGAGUUGGAGGGUUCCCAGUACCUGAGAAUCCUGUGCUACGAAAAGUGUUACGAUAAGAGCAUGCUCAACAAGGAUGACAACGAGAUUGUGGACAAGAUCAUGGGAAAAGGGCAGGUCCAGCUGGACCCUCAGGCGGUACAGUCCAAGAACUGGCACAUGGACGUCAUCGAGAUGAACGGGAUCAAGGUGGAAUUCUCCAUGAAGUUUACAAGUCGGGACCUGAGUUUGAAGAGGACGCCAUCCAAAAAACAGAGUGGUGUGUUUGGAGUCAAAAUCAACGUGGUCACAAAGCGGGAGCGCUCCAAGGUGCCUUACAUCGUCCGCCAGUGCAUUGAGGAAGUGGAAAAGAGGGGGAUAGACGAGGUGGGAAUCUACAGGAUCUCAGGGGUGGCCACUGACAUCCAGGCCCUCAAAAUGGCGUUCGACACCAAUACCAAAGACAUUCUGGUGAUGUUGAGCGACAUGGACAUCAACGCAAUCGCAGGGACACUCAAGCUGUACUUUCGGGAGCUGCCGGAGCCUCUGCUCACCGACCGUCUGUACCCCGCCUUCAUGGAGGGAAUAGCGUUGUCCGACCCUGCAGCCAAGGAGAACUGCAUGAUGCAUCUCCUGCGCUCCUUGCCGGAGCCUAACCUCAUGACCUUCCUCACUCUGCUGGAGCACCUCAAACGUGUGGCAGAGAAGGAACCGCUCAACAAGAUGUCCCUCCAUAACCUGGCCACAGUGUUUGGUCCCACUCUGCUCAGACCGUCUGAGUCUGAGAGUGCCAAGGGCCAGAAUAUCACCUCCGCCUCUGACAUCUGGUCACAUGACGUCAUGGCUCAGGUCCAGGUGCUGCUCUACUACCUGCAGCAUCCUCCCAUCUCUUUUGCCGAACUCAAACGCAAUACGCUCUAUUUCUCCACCGAUGUCUAAGCCCCGCCCACUUCCCCUCAAGGCGACCAGAGGGUGAGAGACGAGCGCACACAUCACCCGUCCUACAAGCGCGGGCUGCUCCUCUGGACUGUACAGCCACUCCAUAGCCUCCCUCGUCACCCUCUGCAUAGGAAGGCAGCGACAAACAUGUUUGUGGCAAGGCAUUCUGGGACCACACUCGAUAUUUCAGUCAAGGGGGAGGGGUUUAGAGGCCACGGCCUGGCGCCGUGGCAAUCGAGAGACUCCGUAGGAGGCAAUCCAGAUCGACUGUGUUUAUGUUUUGUAGUGAUUUUUUUUUCUGCUUUCCUGGCUUUGCACAUGUAGAGGAGGACUCAGUGUGAGCGUUGAAGAGACGGAAAGGACUGAUGUCUCUUCAUACAAAAACAGAGAUUCCCUCCCCAAUGAUUCUUGGCCAGAUGAUCCUAAUUUAUUUGAAAUAUGAAUAUAUGUGUGCCUGUACAGUUCUGUGCAACCCGAGAGAUGCUCUCAGGAAUUUUCUGAAGUUCAUUCAGGUUUUGAUGUUAUUUUUUAGUCUGAUUUUUUUUUUUUCACUGACCGUCUUCAUGGUUGGUAAAUUUGCCACUUUGAUCCCAAUCACUUUAUAGAGGAAGAGGAUGCUGUGUGGCUCAAAAGGGGAUGAAACACAACGCUUCUUUUUCUUAUUGUUGCAUUGCAAGCCUGCUCCAAGUGUGUCACUGCACCGAUGUAAUGUACAGUCACGGAUUAUUUGUGUAGUCAAAGAUUAUUUGUGUAGUUGCCAUCGUCGCAUGUUCAGCUAGCUCAAACCAAGCCAAGAGGAAACUUGUCUGCUCUGUACAAAGCCGGCCUUUCUGCUGUCACAUCUGCAACAUAUCCAAAAGUACGACACAAAACUGCUAUAAUGAAUACUAUUUGGUAUUUUUAAUAUAAGAAAAAAAAGUUUUACUUCCUUUGACAAGUAUUUCAAUUUACUGUAAUUUUGAGGCUAAAUGUUAUUGUUCUCCUUUUUUAGUGAAAUAAAAGUCAAAACACUCA